GCGUUUUGCUGGGGCGACAUCAAAUAUCUACCAGCUUUCGUGCCCCUCCAGUCUCUCUCUCCUUCUCAUCCUCCCCUCAGCACCUAUCCAGGGGAUAUCCCUUCACUUUCACACCCGAUCUCCUCUUUUCUCUUCGUCCUUAAACAUUCUCGAGUCUACGUGUCCUAAUUUUAAUACCUCUUAUCGAUAUCCCCCCUCUUUCACAGCCUUUUCGUUCCUCUUAACUCCUCGGGUCUCUCCCGUUACCCUUCAAGAUGUUUGUCUACAAGAGAGAUGGACGCAAAGAACGCGUACAAUUCGACAAGAUCACGGCUCGUGUGUCGAGGCUGUGUUACGGACUUGACCCUGAACACGUUGAUGCUGCUGCUAUCACCCAGAAGGUCAUCUCUGGUGUCUACCAGGGUGUCACUACCGUUGAGCUCGAUAACUUGGCUGCCGAGACUGCGGCGUAUAUGACCGUCACACAUCCAGACUAUGCUAUCCUGGCCGCUCGUAUAGCAGUUUCCAACCUCCACAAGCAGACAAGGAAGCAGUUCUCUCUGGUUAUCUCAGAUCUCUACCACUAUGUCAACCCCAAGAACAAGAAGUCUGCUCCUAUGAUCUCAAAAGAAACAUAUGAAAUCGUCAUGAAACAUGCGGAUGAGCUCAACUCCGCUAUUGUGUACGACCGGGACUUUAACUACAACUACUUUGGUUUCAAAACCCUUGAGCGUUCUUACCUAUUGCGUCUCAAUGGCAAGGUUGCCGAGCGUCCCCAACACCUCCUGAUGCGUGUUGCCGUUGGAAUUCACGGCAAUGACAUUGAGAAGGCCCUUGAAACCUACAACCUCAUGUCCCAGAAGUACUUCACACAUGCUUCCCCCACUCUGUUCAAUGCUGGUACCCCCCAGCCUCAGCUGGCAUCCUGCUUCUUGGUUGACAUGAAGGAGGACAGCAUUGAGGGCAUCUACGACACACUGAAGACGUGUGCUAUGAUUUCCAAGACUGCCGGUGGUAUUGGUCUCAACGUCCAUCGCAUUCGUGCCACAGGUUCUUACAUUGGCGGUACCAAUGGCUCAUCCAAUGGAAUUGUUCCCAUGCUGCGCGUGUUCAAUAACACUGCUAGAUACGUUGACCAGGGUGGAAACAAGCGUCCAGGUGCAUUUGCCAUUUAUCUGGAGCCUUGGCACUCCGAUGUCUUUGAGUUCUUGGACCUCCGUAAGAACCACGGAAAGGAAGAAGUCAGAGCUCGUGAUUUGUUCUACGCUCUCUGGACUCCUGAUCUGUUCAUGAAGCGGGUUGAGGCCAACGGUGACUGGACCCUCUUCUGCCCUAGCGAGGCCCCUGGCUUGGCUGAUGUCUACGGCGACGAGUUCGAUGCUCUUUACGAAAAGUACGAGAAGGAAGGCCGUGGUCGCCGCACUAUUAAGGCCCAGAAGCUUUGGUAUGCUAUUCUGGAGGCCCAGACUGAAACUGGAAACCCCUUCAUGCUGUAUAAGGAUGCUUGUAACAAGAAGAGUAACCAGAAGAAUCUGGGAACUAUCCGCAGCUCCAACCUUUGCACUGAGAUUAUUGAAUACAGUGCUCCUGAUGAGGUUGCUGUCUGCAACCUGGCUUCGCUUGCGCUUCCUACCUUUGUUGAUGCUGCCCGUGGCGAGUAUGACUUCGGUAGAUUGCAUGAAGUCGUGCAGGUCUUGGUUCGCAACUUGAACAAGAUCAUUGAUAUCAACUACUACCCUGUUCCCGAGGCUAAGAAGAGCAACAUGCGUCACCGUCCAAUUGCCCUCGGUGUUAACGGUCUGGCCGAUGCAUUCCUUGCCUUGCGUCUGCCUUUCGAUUCUGCUGAGGCUAAGCAGCUCAAUACCCAAAUUUUCGAAACCAUCUACCACGGUGCUUUGACUGCUUCGUCUGACUUGGCCAAGGAAUAUGGCACCUAUGAAACCUACGAAGGUUCCCCAGUUUCCCAGGGUAUUCUCCAGUAUGACAUGUGGGAUCGCACCCCUACCGAUCUGUGGGAUUGGUCCGCGUUAAAGGCGAAGAUUGCCCAGACUGGUGUGCGCAACAGUCUUCUGGUUGCUCCUAUGCCCACCGCCAGCACCAGUCAAAUCCUUGGCUUUAACGAGUGCUUCGAGCCUUACACCUCGAACAUCUACUCUCGCCGUGUCCUUGCGGGCGAGUUCCAAGUUGUCAACCCCUGGUUGCUGAAGGAUCUAGUCGACCUUGGCCUCUGGUCCGACAACAUGAAGAACCGUAUCAUUGCCGACAGUGGUUCCGUUCAGAACAUCCCGAAUAUUCCCUCGGACAUCAAGGCUCUAUACAAGACCGUGUGGGAGAUUUCCCAGCGCCGGAUCCUGGAGAUGGCUGCUGACCGUGGUGCCUUCAUUGACCAGUCCCAGUCGCUCAAUAUCCAUCUGAAGGAGCCCACCAUGGGCAAGCUUACUAGCAUGCACUUCGCUGGCUGGAAGAUGGGUUUAAAGACCGGCAUGUACUACCUGCGUACCAUGGCUGCAACUGCCCCUAUUCAAUUCACUGUCGACCAGGAGCAAUUGAAGGUUGCUGACACCAACGUCGCACGGGUCAACGCUUUGUAUAAGAAGCGUGCCACGGGGGCUGCAGCCACCACUUACUCCGCGAUUCCCCGUACUUCUACGGAGGAGGUGAAUGAACACGGGGAGAACGGCAAGGAUGGUGGGGAGUAUGCUAGCCCACGCACCCUUGCGACCGACAACUCCGUUGGUCAAGCCAACGGUGAAGUCAAGGACGAGGAUGAGAAAAAGGACAGCGAGGACCGCGAGAAUGAUAUUUACUCGCAGAAGGUCCUUGCUUGCAGCAUUGAGAACAAGGAGGCCUGCCUCAUGUGCCAGGGCUAAUCCACAUCCAUCCCCCCUUGCCCUUAUAUCGAUGUUCCUGCGGGAUGGCGUGUGUUAUCUAAUCUUUGGUACGUUUUUUCUAUGUAUAUCAUGAGUCGAUGGAUACUUUUUUCUUCUUUUUUAUGAUUAUUUCCUGUUUGUUUUGCACUAUGACCUUUUGAUGCAAAUUGUUUAUUACUACAAGCCAGGCACUAGUUAUACUAUAUGUAUGCAGUUGCAUAGGAAGACCCUGGCUGGUUCGUUCUUAUGUCGGAUGGAUAAUGGCUACUUGAUUUUUUUUUUUUUUUUUUUUUUUUUUUUU